AUGACCAACUAUAAAGGCCAAGGCCCAACAAACAGCAAGAGCAAUAGCAUUCUGGCAGAGAAGCUAAACAGCGUUUUUGCACACUUUGAGACCACCAAGAACCUGGAUAUACUGCCUCAUGAAGACCACGACACUGCAACUCUCUUUCUUCAGGUGCAUGAGAAAGAAGGCAAACAUAAAUUGAAUUACUACAAGCCAGGAGAUUUCCUGAUAAGUGGAAUCAUAUCUACAUCUAGCACUGCAUUUAAACCAUACAUCUUCUUUACGCCUCCAAACCACAGAUUUCAAAGUAUACAGAGUAUGAGCUUCUGGCACCUCCUGCCUUUCUUCUUUGCCAUUCAUGAGAUCAACCGGAAUCCAAGGCUGUUACCAAACCUCACCCUGGGCUACAGCAUCUAUGAGAACUUUUUUAAUGCAAGGAUAACAUACGACGUCAUGAUGGAUUUGCUUUCUACAGGACAGGAGAAUGUCCCAAACUACAGUUGUGGAAGACAAAAUAAUCUGUUGGCUCUGCUUGAGGGAACUGAUUCUGAUCUCUUUAGUCAAAUUUCCACCAUGUUGAGCAUCUACAAAAUCCCACAAAUAAAGAAAAGGACACAAUAUUAUGAUUUUAAUUCACAUUACUCUGCUACAGGGAAGUUUGGGGAGGCAGCAUAUCAAUGCUCCUAUUCAAUGCCCUUUUUGUCUAAGAAAGUUUGGAAUACAUGCCUGGAAAAGGAGAGCUGGGAAACCCCUCCCCAGGAUCUGGUUGAAAGAAUCCUGUCUGAGGAUGGCUCCAGUAUUUCUACAUCAAUCCAGGUUUUGGCCUGGGUCCUCCAUGCUGCCUUUUCCUCCCAAAGGAGGAGGAUGCAUGUUGGGGACCAUCAGAAACUCCAGAUGCUCCAUCCUUUUCUAGGAAAUUUCCAAACUUACAAUCUUUCUGGGAAUGAAGUUUAUUUGAAUGAGAAAAGAAUCCGUACUGCCCAUUUUGAAAUCAUGAACUGGGCAGAAUUUCCCAACAAGACUGCUGCUGGGGUGAUAAUUGGGAAGAUUGGAAAAGAAGAAGUCUCAUCAGAUAUCAAGAUCUCUGUCCACGAGAGUGCCAUCAUAUGGCCAACGUCUUUUAACCAAAAGGCCCCCUUUUCUAGAUGUACUGAAAGUUGCCUCCCAGGAUAUACAAAGCUCUUGAGAGAAGGAGAACCAGUUUGUUGCUAUGACUGUUCUCCAUGCAUGGAAGGAACCAUCUCUGUGCAGAAAGAUGUAGCCCAUUGUGAAAAAUGUUCAAAUGACCACUACUCCAACAAGAAGCGGGAUCGUUGUGUCCCCAAAGUUAUGACUUUUCUGUCCUACAGAGAAAACUUAGGUUUCAUACUGGCUAUCUCUGCCCUUUUUUUAUCUCUCACUACUGCUUUAGUUCUAGGAAUUUUUAUUAAAUAUCGAGAAACUCCCCUAGUCAAAGCCAACAACCGUGAUCUCACUUACAUUCUGUUAUUCUUUCUCCUGCUUUCCUUCUUGACUUCCCUUCUAUUCAUUGGUCAACCCCAGAAAGUGACUUGCCUCCUUCGACAAACUGCCUUCAGUGUUGUUUUCUCUGUUGCAGUGUCUUCCUUGCUGGCCAAGACUGUCAUGGUUGUGGUGGCAUUUCUGGCCACAAAGCCAGGCAGCAGAAUGAGGAAAUGGCUGGGGAAAUCUUUGGCUAAUUUCAUCAUCUUCUCCUGCUCUGGUGUUCAGGUGGCCAUCUGUUUCAUAUGGCUGGGAAUCUUUCCCCCAUUCCCAGAUUCUGACUUAUAUUUCCAAAAAGAACAGAUCCUCCUGCAAUGCAAUGAAGGUUCAGUCACCAUGUUUUAUUCUGCCCUUGGCUACUUGGGCUUCCUGGCUGCCGUCUGCUUCUUGGUGGCUUUCCUAGCUCGAAAAUUGCCUGCAACCUUUAAUGAAGCCAAGUUGAUCACCUUCAGCAUGCUGGUGUUCUGCAGUGUUUGGGUUUCUUUUGUCCCCACCUACCUGAGCACCAAAGGGAAAUACAUGGUGGCCGUGCAGAUCUUCUCUAUCCUGACCUCCAGCCUGGGCUUACUCGGCUGCAUCUUCAUCCCCAAAUGUUACAUCAUCAUUCUGAGACCUGACAUGAAUAUGAGGGAGCAUCUAAUGAUAAAAAACUAUUAG